AGUAGAAAGGAGCAGCUAGUAUGACCGCCGCCGCAGUAAUGGUUAUACUGAGCUAACUUUUUGCGGCUUUAUUAUACUCAUACGGCCGCAAAAACCGCAAAAAUAAAGUAUGCCGCGAAACUAAAUGGAAUUGUGCUGUAAAUGUGAUAAUAGAAGAGAGAGAAGCCAAAUAUUGAGACACCAACUUUCUCCUUUCUACCUCUUACCUCCCCUACUCUGCAAUUUCAAAAUGAAUCCCUUGUUGACAAAAGACCAUAUCGAAACCGCUUUGAGACUCUACCGACUCUUUAUCAAAGAAAACAGAACAGCAGAAGAAGAGACGGAAAUAUUUGAUAACGAUGAUUUCGUUGAUUUGGUUUCCGAUUGCAAUUACGAAGCGGCAGUAGUGAAAAAAAGAAUUGAAGCUGCAAAAGCUUCAUUCGACCAAGCUCCAUUGACAACCGAUGCAACUGACGUGGCGACUGCUAUUGAGCAGAUGGAAAUGGAGUCUGCCUCCAGCAACGUAGUAGAUGCUGCUGCUGACGAAGCAGUUGCGUCCGCUGUGGCCGAAGCCGACGAGGAAAUGGAUGCUGAUCUGGCAGCUCUUGAAAAAGAGUUGAUUGACCGCAUGAAGGCAGGUCAAGCCGAAAUUGCCACCAAGUAUGGCAAGCGCGUCGAGGAGCUCCUGCUGGUGAAGUUGCCAACUUUUCGCAAGCACCCCGGCCAACGGAACACCUGGCAGCAUUUCCUGUCCCUUCAUUACGAUGCUGAAGGGAAAUGUUGAAGAGCGAUAAUCGCCAAGCUGGAUAUAUCGUUCAGCAAAAGUCUGACGAAUAUAACGCUGUAAUGAAUGAUCCGGAACUGAAUGCGGACCUGAUCCGAGCAACGAAUGAGCAUAACGAAAGUAUUGGCGCCACUGAACAAAAGAUCGUUCAGUCGGCAAAGUUGAAGCUGAAGUUGCUUAUCAACUGCAUGA